AUGUUCUACUCUCAUCAGCUUCUCGCACGAAAGGCUCCUCUAGGCCAAAUCUGGAUGGCUGCUACAAUGCACGCGAAGAUCAAUCGGAGAAAGCUCGACAAGCUGAACAUAAUCAAAAUUUGCGAGGAGAUUUUGAAUCCUUCAGUUCCGAUGGCUCUCAGACUCUUGGGGAUUCUCAUGGGCGGUGUUGUCAUUGUCUAUGAACGAAAAGUUAAAAUCCUUUACGAGGAUGUAACUCGCCUUCUGGUUGAGUUAAACGAAGCGUGGAAGGUGAAAGCAGCUCCAGAGCCCACUGUCAUUCCCAAAGGAAAAUCUCUGGCUAAGAAGGAGGCUAUCACUCGGCCUAAGAAGGAUCCGAAAGAAGUGGGAGACCAUGAGACACAGUCCAUUAACUUCUCCCACAACACCUCUCCCAUGAGGUUCCAACAAACCGCUUUUUUUACUAUGCGGCUUGACAGUGUGGAUAUUGGACAAUAUAUCAACGACAAAACAGGGGAAGAUGAUCCGUCACAACAGCUCCAUCAAACUGAUGCUGAAAAUAUAACCUUACUCGAGCGUUUUGAUAUGUAUCAAUCAAAUACAAAUACAUUCAAUCAGUUUGAAAGAUUUGAUAUUGAAGAGGAUGAGGAAACACAUCUGAAUUUUGCUUUUGGAGAACAAACACAAAUUCCAGAUACUUCAAGACCUUCCCCUCCUCCUCAAGACAUGCACCGAGAAGGACCUCCUGAUGCUGAAAUCCAAGAUCCACAUUUUCAUGAUGUUGAAAUCCCAGAGCAACAUCUUGAACGCAAUGUCAUUCAACAAACCUACGAGUCCAAGGAACUUAGACAUGUGCAGCAGGCGGCAAUAAGAAGGAAAACAAAAAGAACAGCAGCGUCUCACAUGGACUAUGAACAGACCAUCAUUCCUGGACACAUAUACCAAUCUUGGCUUCAAGAUGUGUCGGAUCUAAACUCUGGAAGGGGAAGGAAGAGAAAGCGAACAAGUGCAAUGUCCUCUAUUAAGAUAAGUGUUCUCAUGGACCUUCCACCUGUGGUGUUAAGUGGUAACUUAUUCACAGAUGGAGGUAGAGAAGUCUAUUAUCCAGCUCCUCUGCUACAAUUAUGGAUGAAAAGUAUUCGACACCCCCAUGACUCAUCUUCUGGAAGGGACUCGGCACCCCAACCUCCUGAGCCAUCAUUGUCUUCACGGCCAGAGAGUGUAAACUUUCCAGAUGAUAUUGAUUUUCCUUUUGAAGGUUACCACAGUGGAGUUGGUUCUCAAUCAUUUGGAGCUUCCAUAGAGAAGCUAAGGACAGAACCAAUCAACGGUGAUAUCCAAGUUGACAUCGUUCCAGAAGAACUCAGAUCCAACUUCAUGGAUAACCUUAUGGGGCUGGCCGAAAGAAAUCAGGUGGUUACACCUAGAAAUUCGGGAAAUGGAGUCAGAUCAGUUCCAAGCUCAGCAUCUGAACAUGGUGUCUUCUCAUAUAAUUCAGAGACCAAUUUUGUACGAUCCAACAAGAAAAGGCCGUACUCUUCGUCGAGACAAAGUAGUGGGGGUCUAGAAUCUGUAGCAGAGGAGCAUCAAUGGCAUCCACAUCACUCUGAUACAAAUUUCAAGUUAGCAGGGUUGUCUGAAAAUGAUCCAGACUUAUUAGUAGAAACAGCACCCACACAAACUCAACCAGCCAUCAAGAAUUCUGGUUUUGACAAGAUAACCGAUUCCAUUCGAUUGCAGAUGAAGGCACACUUUGAUACGCCAGGGGCCGCACCAGAGGAAUCUUUGAAUCACUUGGCUGCAGGAAUGAACCGCAAAGCAGCUGCCAUUCUCUUCUAUCAGACUUGCGUUCUAGCUUCAGGGGAUUUCUUGAAAGUCAACCAAGAAGUUCCAUUUGGCGAUAUCUUCAUCUCGAGAGGAAAAAAAAUGUAACAGCCAAUAACCACGGGAAUGAGGUACAUGCUUUAACCAGUUGAGUUAGUUCAGGUCGACAUCUGAAACUUACUAAAACCUCCAGUUGAGUUAUCUCAAAUCGACAUCUGAAACUUACUAAAACCUGCCGCGCACACAUA